AUCUUCCGCACAUUUAUCCUCCGUAUAGCAGUGAAGCAGCGCCCUGGAAAAACGCUACUUUCAUGGUCUUGGUUCAUCUGAGGUGUGUCAUCCUGCUUUUGCACCGCCCACCCUUCCCGUUUUACACGGGGAGCCUGGAUUUUUUUUUUUUCGUCAGACUGUUGGACGGGAACGGAUUCUAGUGUGACAGCUUGGCACUUCCCUUCUGUUCGGUGCCGGUAGCUGCUUGUCAUGAAGAUGGUACAGUGGGAACCUGUGUCUGAAGAGCCAAGGAAGCUGAUGUGGAGAUGGAGUAGAGGUUGUUAGACAUCUGAACGUCCACACCUUGGGGAUGGGAUGCACCACCAGUGUCAUUCUCUUCAGAGGCAUCCGCACCGUUUUCGAGAGGAACUGUGCCUACAUGUGCAAGCAGCAAGGGGAAAGUAAUGCCCUUGAAUAUCCAGCAUACAGUUGGUCCAGAGAAGACUCAGAAGUAUUGAUCUCCUCCUGCCUGGCAAAGCCAAAGCUGAUCGAGCCCCUUGACUACGAAAAUGUCAUCGUGCAGAAGAAGACCCAGAUCCUGAAUGACUGUCUGCGGGAGAUGCUCCUCUUCCCUUACGAUGACUUCCAGACAGCCAUCCUGAGGCGGCAGGGGCAGUACAUGCGCUCCACGGUUCCCGUGAACGCAGAGGAGGAGGCCCAGAGCUUAUUUGUCACUGAGUGCAUCAAAACCUACAACUCCGACUGGCAUCUCGUGACGUACAAAUAUGAAGAUUACUCAGGAGAGUUUCGGCAGCUUCCGAGCAAAGUGGCCAAGUUGGAUAAACUUCCAGUCCAUGUCUAUGAAGUUGAUGAAGAGGCGGACAAAGACGAGGAUGCUGCCUCCCUCGGGUCUCAGAAGGGCGGGAUCACCAAGCAAGGCUGGCUGUACAAAGGCAACAUGAACAGUGCGAUCAGCGUGACCAUGAGGUCAUUUAAGCGGCGGUUUUUCCACCUGAUUCAACUUGGUGAUGGAUCCUACAAUCUAAAUUUUUAUAAAGAUGAAAAGAUCUCCAAGGAACCCAAAGGAUCCAUAUUCCUAGAUUCCUGCAUGGGCGUGAUUCAAAACAACAGAGUCAGGCGCUUUGCCUUCGAGCUCAAGAUGCAGGACAAAAGCAGCUAUCUUCUGGCAGCAGAUAGUGAGGCGGAGAUGGAGGAGUGGGUCACCGUUCUCAACAAGAUCCUCCAGCUCAACUUUGAAGCUGCAAUGCAAGAAAAGCGGAAUGGGGACUCUCAUGAAGAUGACGAACAAAGCAAACUAGAAGGUUCCGGUUCCGGUUUGGAUAGCUACCUGCCUGAACUUGCUAAGAGCACCAGAGAAGCAGAAAUCAAGCUGAAAAGCGAGAGCAGAGUGAAGCUUUUUUACCUGGACCCAGAUGCCCAGAAACUGGACUUCUCACCCAUGGAGCCGGAAGUGAAGCCGUUUGCAGAGAAGUUUGGGAAAAGAAUUCUCGUAAAGUGCAAUGAUCUGUCUUUCAAUCUCCAGUGCUGCGUCGCUGAAAACGAGGAAGGACCCACUACAAAUGUCGAGCCUUUCUUUGUCACCCUGUCCCUGUUUGACAUAAAAUACAACCGGAAGAUUUCCGCUGACUUCCACGUAGACCUGAACCAUUUCUCAGUGCGGCAGAUGCUGGUCCCCACGUCCCCGGCCCUGAUGAACGGUGGUCAGAGCCCGCCUGCCUUCCAGGAUGCGCUUCAGGCCACAGCCAUGCAGUAUCCAAAGCAGGGGAUAUUUUCAGUCACGUGUCCUCAUCCAGACAUAUUCCUGGUGGCCAGAAUUGAGAAGGUCCUCCAGGGGAGCAUCGCGCACUGUGCUGAGCCGUACAUGAAGAGCUCCGACUCCUCCAAGGUUGCCCAGAAGGUGCUGAAGAAUGCCAAACAGGCAUGUCAAAGACUGGGACAGUACAGAAUGCCGUUCGCUUGGGCAGCGAGGACGUUGUUCAAGGAUACAUCUGGAAACCUGGACAAAAAUGCCAGAUUUUCUGCUGUCUAUCGGCAGGACAGCAACAAGCUUUCAAACGAUGACAUGCUCAAGCUACUCGCAGACUUCCGGAAACCUGAGAAGAUGGCCAAACUUCCAGUGAUUUUGGGCAAUCUAGACAUUACGAUUGACAAUGUCUCCUCUGACUGCCCUAAUUAUCUCAAUUCAUCGUACGUUCCCAUGAGGCAAUUCGAAACCUGUAGUAAAUCUCCGCUCACGUUUGAAGUGGAGGAGUUUGUGCCCUGCAUCCCCAAACACACCCAGCCUUACACUGUCUACAGCAAUCACCUUUACGUGUACCCGAAGUACUUGAAAUACGACAGUCAGAAGUCUUUCGCCAAGGCCAGAAAUAUUGCUAUUUGCAUUGAGUUUAAAGACUCUGAUGAAGAAGACUCUCAACCCCUGAAGUGCAUUUACGGCAGACCUGGGGGCCCCGUGUUCACAAGAAGUGCCCUGGCCGCAGUUCUGCACCAUCAACAAAACCCAGAAUUCUAUGACGAGAUCAAGAUAGAGUUGCCGACCCAGCUCCAUGAAAAACACCAUUUGCUCUUCACGUUCUUCCACGUCAGCUGCGAUAACUCCACUAAAGGGAGCACAAAGAAGAAAGACGCGGUAGAAACGCAAGUUGGCUACUCCUGGCUUCCCCUCCUGAAGGACGGAAGGGUGGUGACAAGUGAACAGCACAUCCCUGUCUCGGCUAAUCUUCCGUCCGGCUACCUUGGCUACCAGGAGCUCGGCAUGGGCAGGCAUUAUGGUCCAGAAAUUAAGUGGGUGGAAGGUGGCAAGCCUCUGCUGAAGGUCUCCACUCACCUUGUCUCCACGGUGUACACUCAGGAUCAGCAUCUACAUAAUUUCUUCCAGUACUGUCAGAAAACAGAAUCUGGAGCCCAAGCCUCAGGGAGCGAACUUGUAAAAUACCUUAAGAGUCUGCAUGCAAUGGAAGGCCAUGUGAUGAUCGCCUUCCUGCCCACCAUCCUAAACCAGCUGUUCCGAGUCCUCACCAGAGCCACCCAGGAGGAGGUUGCAGUGAAUGUGACUCGGGUCAUUAUUCAUGUGGUUGCCCAGUGCCAUGAGGAAGGAUUGGAGAGCCACUUGAGGUCAUAUGUUAAGUUUGCCUAUAAGGCUGAGCCAUACGUUGCAUCUGAAUAUAAGACGGUGCAUGAGGAGCUGACCAAAUCCAUGACCACCAUUCUCAAGCCUUCUGCCGACUUCCUCACCAGCAACAAACUUCUGAAGUACUCGUGGUUUUUCUUUGAUGUGCUGAUAAAAUCCAUGGCUCAGCAUCUGAUAGAAAACAACAAAGUUAAGUUACUACGAAACCAGAGAUUUCCAGCCUCCUACCAUCAUGCGGUGGAGACCGUGGUGAACAUGCUGAUGCCACACAUCACACAGAAGUUUCGAGAUAACCCAGAGGCGUCUAAGAAUGCCAAUCAUAGCCUCGCUGUGUUCAUCAAGAGAUGCUUCACCUUCAUGGACAGGGGCUUCGUCUUCAAGCAGAUCAACAACUACAUCAGCUGCUUUGCUCCUGGAGAUCCGAAGACUCUCUUUGAGUACAAAUUUGAGUUUCUCCGCGUUGUGUGCAACCAUGAACACUAUAUCCCUUUGAACUUGCCGAUGCCGUUUGGAAAAGGCAGGAUUCAGAGAUACCAAGAUCUCCAGCUCGACUACUCCUUAACGGAUGAAUUCUGCAGAAACCACUUCUUGGUGGGAUUGUUGCUCAGGGAGGUGGGCACUGCCCUCCAGGAGUUCCGGGAGGUCCGCGUCAUUGCGGUCAGCAUGCUCAAGAACCUGCUGAUAAAGCAUUCCUUUGAUGACAGAUACGCUUCGAGGAGUCACCAGGCAAGGAUAGCCAGUCUCUACCUGCCUCUGUUCGGGCUGCUCAUCGAAAACGUGCAGCGGAUCAACGUGAGGGACGUGUCCCCCUUCCCUACAAACCCGGGCAAUAUUGUGAAGGAUGAGCCCCUUGCUGUGCCAGCCGGGAAUCCACUCAUGACGCCACAGAAGGGAAAUACCCUUGACCACAGCCUGCACAAAGACCUCCUGGGUGCCAUCUCCGGCAUUGCAUCUCCAUACACAGCCUCGACCCCCAACAUCAACAGUGUGAGGAACGCCGACUCAAGAGGUUCUCUCAUCAGCACAGACUCCGGGAACAGCCUUCCGGAAAGGAACCCCGAAAAGAGCAAUUCCCUGGAUAAGCACCAGCCGAGCGGCACGCUGGGAAAUCCUGUGGUUCGCUGUGACAAACUGGACCAGUCCGAGAUCAAGAGCCUGCUCAUGUGUUUCCUGUAUGUGCUGAAGAGCAUGUCUGACGAUGCGCUGUUCACGUACUGGAACAAGGCUUCGACCGCCGAGCUGAUGGAUUUCUUUACCAUAUCUGAGGUCUGCUUGCACCAGUUCCAGUACAUGGGGAAGCGCUACAUAGCCAGAACAGGAAUGAUGCAUGCCAGAUUGCAGCAGCUGGGCAGCCUGGAUAACUCUGUCACUUUUAACCACAGCUAUGGCCACUCGGAGGCUGAUGUCCUGCACCAGUCGCUUCUCGAAGCCAACAUUGCUACAGAGGUUUGCCUCACCACUCUGGACACGCUCUCUCUGUUCACGCUGGCUUUUAAGAACCAGCUCUUGGCUGACCACGGACAUAAUCCUCUCAUGAAGAAAGUUUUUGACGUCUACCUGUGUUUUCUUCAAAAGCACCAGUCAGAAAUGGCUUUAAAAAAUGUCUUUACUGCCUUAAGGUCCUUGAUUUACAAGUUCCCCUCGACCUUCUACGAGGGGCGAGCGGACAUGUGCGCCUCACUGUGCUACGAGGUGCUCAAGUGCUGUAACUCCAAGCUCGGCUCCAUCCGGACCGACGCGUCCCAGCUGCUCUACUUCCUGAUGCGGAACAACUUUGACUACACCGGGAAGAAGUCCUUUGUCCGGACACACUUACAGGUCAUCAUUUCUGUCAGCCAACUGAUUGCAGACGUGGUUGGCAUUGGAGGGACUAGAUUCCAGCAGUCCUUGUCCAUUGUCAACAACUGUGCCAACAGCGACCGGCUCAUCAAGCACACCAGCUUCGCCUCUGAUGUGAAAGAUUUGACCAAGAGGAUCCGCACGGUCCUGAUGGCCACAGCGCAGAUGAAGGAGCAUGAGAACGACCCCGAGAUGCUGGUGGACCUCCAGUACAGCCUGGCCAAGUCCUACGCCAGUACCCCCGAGCUCAGAAAGACGUGGCUGGACAGCAUGGCGAGGAUCCAUGUGAAAAAUGGGGACCUUUCCGAGGCGGCCAUGUGCUACGUCCACGUAACAGCCUUGGUGGCAGAGUAUCUCACACGGAAAGGCAUGUUCAGACAGGGAUGUACCGCCUUCCGGGUCAUCACGCCAAACAUCGACGAAGAGGCUUCCAUGAUGGAAGACGUUGGGAUGCAGGAUGUCCAUUUCAAUGAGGAUGUACUGAUGGAGCUGCUGGAGCAGUGUGCGGACGGACUUUGGAAGGCCGAGCGCUAUGAGCUGAUCGCUGACAUCUACAAGCUCAUCAUCCCCAUUUAUGAAAAGCGGAGGGAUUUCGAGAGACUAGCCCACCUGUAUGACACGCUACACCGGGCGUACAGCAAAGUGACCGAGGUCAUGCACUCAGGCCGCAGGCUCCUGGGGACCUACUUCCGGGUGGCCUUCUUUGGACAGCAAUACCAGUUUACAGACAGUGCAACAGACGUGGAGGGUUUCUUUGAAGAUGAAGAUGGCAAGGAGUAUAUCUACAAAGAACCCAAGCUCACGCCUCUGUCGGAGAUUUCCCAGAGGCUCCUUAAGCUUUACUCGGAUAAAUUUGGUUCGGAAAAUGUCAAAAUGAUACAGGAUUCUGGAAAGGUUAACCCGAAGGACCUGGAUUCCAAGUUUGCUUACAUCCAGGUGACCCACGUGACCCCGUUCUUUGACGAGAAGGAGUUACAGGAGAGGAGAACGGAGUUUGAGAGAUGCCACAACAUCCGGCGUUUCAUGUUCGAGAUGCCCUUCACCCAGACUGGAAAGAGGCAGGGCGGGGUGGAGGAGCAGUGCAAACGGCGCACCAUCCUGACAGCAAUACACUGCUUCCCCUAUGUGAAGAAGCGGAUCCCGGUCAUGUACCAGCACCACACUGACCUGAACCCCAUUGAGGUGGCCAUCGAUGAAAUGAGCAAGAAGGUGGCCGAGCUCCGCCAGCUGUGCUCCUCGGUGGAAGUGGACAUGAUCAAACUGCAGCUCAAACUCCAGGGCAGUGUGAGCGUUCAGGUCAACGCUGGUCCACUAGCAUAUGCCCGGGCCUUCCUCGACGACACCAACACUAAAAGAUACCCCGACAACAAGGUGAAACUGCUGAAGGAAGUUUUCAGGCAAUUUGUGGAGGCCUGUGGUCAGGCUCUCGCAGUGAAUGAACGUCUGAUUAAAGAAGACCAGCUGGAGUACCAGGAGGAGAUGAAAGCCAACUACAGGGAAAUGGCAAAGGAGCUCUCCGACAUCAUGCGUGAGCAGAUUUGCCCCCUGGAGGAGAAGACAAGCGUCCUGCCAAACUCCCUGCACAUCUUCAACGCCAUCAGUGGGACGCCCACGAGCACAGUGGUUCAGGGGUUGACCAGCUCGUCCUCGAUCGUGUGAUUUUACCUCAUGAACCAUGUAUGGGGACAUGCUUUGUCAUGUACAAACUCAGGAUGACUUCCAGAGCUAAUCACUGGCAUGGCCGAGCACAGGAGGAAGCCAUGGGGACCCGGAGAGAGAGGGAGCCUGGACUGUGGUAUUCCGUAGCAGAUUUUAUAGGAGUCGGGGGAAGGCGCACAUAUUUUUUUAAAUCUCACUGGCAAUAUUUAGUUUUCCUCGUGUCUUAACAGGAGUGUGAGGUGGGCGCUCUUAAGCUGCCCCUCAGCUUUAUCCUUUUUACAGCGUAGUAUUAAGUGACCUAAAGGAGAAGUGUUCUAGGAGCGUCCGUGGCGGACGCAGCAGCACUGAAACUGAGUCUGGGAACUAAGCUGGAAAAAUCUUGAAAAUAUUUUUUUCCUGUGGCACAUUCAGGUUGAGUACAAGAACUAUUUUUGUGUCUAGUUUUUGAUGACGGAAGGGGACUGGCGAUUGUAACUUUUGUACUUGCGAACGAGGAGACGUGGAGCCUUUAUGUUCCUGCCUUGUGUUGGAACCGUGAGAGCUGACAAAGCUGUACGUGAGCCCAAGCCUAGUGGAGCAGCGUAGAACCAAAGGCCCGUGCUAACAAACACACUACGCUAAACCCUGAAGCCCAGUGUACAGACGGUUAAUGCAGCCUCCUCGCUGUGUUCAUGCACAUACACAUUUCUACAUUUUUAAUAGAUCCGCUUCCAUGGUGUUCAUCUGUGACCCAUUCGCGCUGUUCUCGGUAUAUGCAAAUACAUUGUACUUUACUGUUGUACCCUUGUACAUAAGACGUGCAAUAUGGAGAUGUAUACAGUCUUUGCUGUGGUAGGUUUAUAAACUGGUAAAAAAGUUUUCAUCCUUUUGCCAAAGGUGGAGUAUGCGGUUGGUGAACCCUAAAUCCUGCGGCGAGUUGGGGGAUAAUUUAAGGUUUUCACCAGGUUAUAUUUUCUCUUAAGACUUUAAUUUAGUAAUUUUAUAUUUGGAAAAAAAUAAAGGUUUUUAAUUUAACUGGAA